AGUGUGCCCCUGGAAGGGCAGGAGGGGGGCAGGGCAGCCCCCAGGGCAGUACAAGACAGAGCGGCAGACAGCGGAGCGGGUGAACACCAUCGCAUCGCAAUCGCAAGCAAAGCAAAUCCAAGCGAGACCAAAGCGGCGACUCCCUCCUAUCUGCAGAUCCCCCACCACCUCCACCGACUCCUCCCAUCUUCCCCCUCCUCCAUUAAUGGCCGCCACCAAGAACCCUCCAACCCCCACCUGACCUCCCCUCCCGCCUCCUCCUCCGCCGUCCGUUUCCCACGCCUCUUGUCUGUACGUUCGUUCUUGGUGCUGGUCGGCCUAAAGGAGGAAGGAAAGGGUGAGGUGGGGGACUGGGGGUGGAGCGAAGCGGUGGGGGCCAGGCCAUCGAUGCUGAGCUCGGCGUCCUCGGCGGGGGCGGCGGCGGGGGAUGGGGGAUGGGGAUGGGCAGUGGGUGGUGGAGGGUACCCGCCGCCGCAGCGUGGGGCGGCGGUCUUCACCGCCGCGCAGUGGGCGGAGCUGGAGCAGCAGGCGCUCAUAUACAAGUACCUCAUGGCCGGCGUCCCCGUCCCGCCCGAUCUCCUCCUCCCCGUCCGCCCUAGCCCCCACUCCGCCGCCGCCGCCUUCUCCUUCGCCGGCCCCGCCGCCACGUCGCCCUUCUACCACCACCACCACCCGUCCCUGAGUUACUAUGCCUACUACGGGAAGAAGCUGGACCCGGAGCCGUGGCGGUGCCGCCGCACCGACGGCAAGAAGUGGCGGUGCUCCAAGGAGGCGCACCCCGACUCCAAGUACUGCGAGCGCCACAUGCACCGUGGCCGCAACCGUUCAAGAAAGCCUGUGGAAUCCAAGACCGCCUCGCCUGCGCAUCCGUCGCAGCCCCAGUUGUCCACCGUGACAACGACGACCCGCGAGACCGCGCCCCUUGACUCCCUCACGGCGGGGGGUAAAACUCAUGGCCUGUCUCUCGGCGGGGCUGGCUCAUCGCAGCUUCACGUCGAUGCUUCGAAUGCUCACUAUCGCUAUGGCAGCAAGUACCCUCUUGGAGCUAAAGCUGAUGCUGGCGAACUGAGCUUCUUCUCUGGAGCAUCAGGAAACUCCAGGGGCUUCACUAUUGAUUCUCCAACAGAUAACUCAUGGAACUCGCUGCCGUCCAAUGUGCCACCAUUUACACUGUCGAAGAGUAGAGAUUCUGGUCUUCUGCCCGGUACCUACUCCUAUUCCCAACUUGAGACACCGCAGGAGCUUGGCCAGGUCACCAUCGCCUCCCUGUCCCAAGAGCAGGAGCGCCACUCUUUCAGCAGUGGAGCUGGUGGGUUGCUCGGAAAUGUGAAGCAGGAGAACCAGCCGCUGAGGCCCUUCUUCGACGAGUGGCCUGGGACGCGGGAUUCGUGGUCGGAGAUGGAUGACGCGAGGUCCAAUAGGACCUCCUUCUCGACAACUCAGCUAUCAAUCUCCAUCCCGAUGCCUCGAUGCGAUUGAUAAGCUCGGCAGCCUCUAGGUGAGGUGUGGGGUGUUGUCUGACGAGCAUCAGCAUUGUACUCGCCGUUAGAGAGAUUUUCUACGGAGAUAUUGAUCAGCCAUGGUGCCGCAUGUCCUUCCUUUGCCGUAGUUAUUUCUUUCACUGUAUCCCACUAAGAACUCUUUGUAAGAGCAGCAGGAUCCCUUAUGGAUCACUUGGAGGCAUAGAACUCCCAAUCCUGUUUCUAAGGUUGUACCACGCUUUGUACUGUACCCCAGAACCCAGAACACCGUUCGGUUGUCGUUGCAGUAGAUGAUGCAAGUGUUUGUGUGCUUUCCAGCAGCU